AUGGAAAUCAUUUCUAAAAUCAUAACCCAUUUUUCUUUUCCUUUCUCAUUUCCUCCGCUUUUCUCAAUUUCUUAUAUUUCUUAUUUCUCUUUGUUCACGAAUUCUUUCUUUUCUUACAAUUCCUUUUCUUAUCUUUUUUUUCUCCAUUCUUUUUGUCAUAUUUACUAUCUAAAUUUGUUAUUUCUUAACCUGCCUCAGGAUGACUCAAGGCAUCACGGCGUAGGCUUCGCCGUGAAGAACUCGCUGAUACCAGCCAUUGUACCACCAACUGGCGGAUCUAAGAGAAUCCUAGCACUGCGUCUCUUAACAUCUACGGGUUUCGCCAACGUCCUCUGCAUCUACGCGCCAAUGUUCUGCACCACCCCAGAGAUCAGGGACCAACACCCCCGUUCUCGACACUGGCACCAGCUCGACCUUGCCAUCACCAGGCGUGCAGACCUAAGGAUCGUUCUUCACACUCGGAGCUUCCACAGCGCAAACUGUGACAUGGACCACUCCCUAGUAGGCUGCAAAGUGAGACUGACAGCCAAGAAAAUACACCGCUCCAAAACCAAGGGCCUCCCUCGCAUCAACACAUGUCGCCCCAAUGACCCUGAGAGCUCACGCCGCUUCCAAACCACCUUUAGCGCAUAUCCUCCUUCAGUGCCGCUGACAUCGACAGUAGAUUGCACCACUUCCGUGAUACCAUAUACACCUCAGCCCUUACAGCCUGAACCUAUGCAACAGGAUCCAGACGGCUCCGCUGAACUGCGGGGCGGGAGAGGACAGGGGCAAGCAGCUGGGGGGCUGGGUGGAGCACUACCUGGAGCUGUAUGCAACCCAGAACGUGGUGACGGAGGCCGCCCUGGAUGCCUUGCCCAGUCGCCCAGUCAUGGAGGAGUUGGAUGCCCCGCUCUCUGCGGAAGAACUCGGAAAAGCUAUCGACUGUCUCUCUUGCGGGAGGGCCCCUGGGAUGGACGGGAUCCCAUCAGAUGUUCUGAAGAGUGGCAAGCCGGCUCUGCUGCAGGAUUUCCACGAGCUCCUUGCCUGUGCUGGGAGAAGGGCCACGUUCCCCGGGACAUGCGAGAUGCCAACAUUGUCACCCUCUAUAAGAAUAAAGGUGACCGCAGCGACUGCAAUAACUACCGCAGCAUUUCCCUCCUCAGCGUCGUCGGACAGUCUUUGCCCGCGUCAUAUUGCCACGCCUGUAGAGCCUCGCCUCCCGUGUGUAACCCGAGUCGCAGUGUGGCAUCAGGGCAGGCCGAUCUACAGUGGACAUAA